AUGGGCCCUUCAGGGAGUGCGCGGCCAGCGGGGGCGCGCGCAGACGGCGGGGGCGCUGUCCAAUGGCCGGGCCGCGGUCGCCGGCAGCCAAUCAGCACGCGCGCCGCCUGGGGGCCCCGCGGUUAUCAGCGCGUCCGGCCCGCGCGGCGCGGCGCCGCUCCGACCGGCCCCGGAGCCGCCACCGCAGCAGCGCGGAGUAACCCCGUCGCCGCCCACCCCGCGCCGGAGCCGCCGCCCGCCCUCGCGCCCGCCAUCCGCGCCGUCGGCGCCCGCGCCCCGAGCCCCCGCUGCAGCCGGCGCCCGCCCGGGUCGCGCGCAAACUUCCCGGGCCGGCGGGCGCGGGCGGCGGCGGCGGGGCCCGGAUGGGCGCCCGGGCCGGCGGCGGCGGCGCCCAUGGACGCUAACCGCCCGGGCGCGUUCGUGCUGAGCAGCGCGCCGCUGGCCGCGCUACACAACAUGGCCGAGAUGAAGACGUCGCUGUUCCCGUACGCGCUGCAGGGCCCGGCCGGCUUCAAGGCGCCCGCGCUGGGCGGCCUGGGCGCGCAGCUGCCGCUCGGCACCCCGCACGGCAUCAGCGACAUCCUGGGGCGGCCCGUGGGCGCGGCGGGCGGCGGUCUUCUGGGCGGCCUGCCCCGUCUCAGUGGGCUCGCCUCGUCGGCCGGCGUCUACUUCGGGCCCGCGGCCGCCGUGGCGCGCGGCUACCCCAAGCCUCUGGCCGAGCUGCCCGGGCGCCCGCCAAUCUUCUGGCCCGGCGUGGUGCAGGGCUCGCCCUGGAGGGACCCGCGCCUGGCCGGCCCGGCCCAGGCCAGCGGGGUCCUGGACAAGGACGGCAAGAAGAAGCACUCGCGGCCGACCUUCUCGGGCCAGCAGAUCUUCGCGCUGGAGAAGACUUUCGAGCAGACCAAGUACCUGGCGGGGCCGGAGCGCGCGCGCCUCGCCUACUCCCUGGGCAUGACCGAGAGCCAAGUCAAGGUGUGGUUCCAGAACCGGCGGACAAAGUGGCGCAAGCGGCACGCCGCGGAGAUGGCGUCGGCCAAAAAGAAGCAGGACUCGGACGCCGAGAAGCUGAAGGUGGGCGGCUCGGACGCGGAGGACGACGACGAGUACAACCGGCCCCUGGACCCCAACUCGGACGAUGAGAAGAUCACGCGGCUGCUCAAGAAGCACAAACCCUCGAACUUGGCGCUGGUCAGCCCGUGCGGCGGCGGCGCGGGGGACGCCUCGUGA